UAUUUGUAAGACGGUGCUCAUUGUGUGUUGCACCACUGAAGAAACGGUCGCUUGGAAACAUGGCAGCUACGACAACAACAACUAAAGUCCCAGAGGUCCGAGAUGUCACCAGGAUUGAAAGAAUUGGUGCACACUCCCACAUUAGAGGUUUGGGGCUGGAUGAUGCUUUAGAGCCCAGACAGGUGUCUCAGGGAAUGGUUGGGCAGCUUGCUGCACGAAGAGCAGCUGGUGUGAUUCUGGAAAUGAUUAAAGAGGGGAAAAUAGCUGGAAGAGCUGUGCUAAUAGCAGGGCAGCCAGGCACAGGAAAGACUGCCAUAGCUAUGGGGAUGGCUCAGGCUCUGGGAAUGGACACUCCUUUCACAGCAAUUGCAGGAAGUGAGAUUUUCUCUUUAGAAAUGAGUAAGACUGAAGCUCUCACCCAAGCCUUCCGCCGAUCCAUUGGAGUGCGAAUCAAAGAGGAGACUGAGAUUAUAGAAGGAGAGGUGGUGGAGAUUCAGAUUGAUCGACCAGCUACAGGAACGGGAGCUAAAGUUGGGAAACUAACUCUGAAGACAACAGAAAUGGAGACCAUUUAUGAUCUGGGAACCAAAAUGAUUGAGUGUUUGACAAAAGAAAAAGUGCAGGCUGGGGAUGUAAUUACUAUUGACAAGGCAACCGGAAAGAUCACAAAGCUGGGAAGAUCAUUUACCAGAGCAAGAGACUAUGAUGCUAUGGGAGCUCAGACAAAGUUUGUCCAGUGUCCAGAUGGGGAGCUUCAGAAGAGGAAAGAAGUAGUGCAUACUGUCACGCUACAUGAGAUUGAUGUUAUAAAUAGCCGGACACAGGGUUUUUUGGCUCUCUUCUCAGGUGACACAGGAGAGAUUAAAUCAGAAGUUCGAGAGCAGAUCAACGCCAAAGUGGCAGAAUGGCGCGAGGAAGGAAAAGCUGAGAUUAUCCCUGGGGUUCUCUUUAUUGAUGAAGUGCACAUGCUGGAUAUUGAAUGUUUUUCUUUUUUGAAUCGUGCGCUUGAGAGUGAUAUGGCACCUGUGUUGAUCAUGGCCACAAACAGAGGUAUUACCAGAAUUAGAGGCACCAACUACCAGAGUCCCCAUGGGAUUCCAAUAGAUCUUUUGGACAGAUUGCUAAUUAUCUCUACUAGUCCCUACAAUGAGAAAGAAACUAAACAAAUCCUUAAAAUUCGUUGUGAAGAGGAAGAUGUGGAAAUGAGUGAUGAUGCUUAUACAGUACUGACACGCAUUGGUUUGGAAACAUCCCUUCGUUACUCUAUUCAGCUUAUUACAGCUGCCAACCUAGUCUGCAGGAAGCGUAAGGGCACAGAAGUUCAGGUUGAGGACAUCAAACGAGUAUACUCUCUCUUUCUGGAUGAGUCCCGCUCUACACAGUAUAUGAAGGAAUAUCAGGAUGCCUUUAUGUUCAAUGAAAUGAAAGUAAACCAAAUGGACACUUCAUAGAUGAAACUGCAGGCUCCUGAUUGAUGGAGAAAGCUGAAUCCAAGAACAUAAAAGAAAAUAAAGAUGAAAAAAGUAACCUAGAAUUUAUUUUUUUUUUUUUUUAACUGUUUUAUGGCCUGCCCUUCAUGAGUUUAUCUUGCACUCUAACCUUCAUGGAAGCUGUUGACUGUCAUUUUUGUCACCCUUGUUAAGGCAGCUCAGAAUUACAACAAACAGAUGCCUUCUUCUAAGCACCAGUUACCAUAGCUCAUCUAGUAAUGUAUACAAGCCUGCUCUCCUAAGGCAGCCAACAUAUGUGAUAGAUGAGACAUUGAAAACUUUGGCUUGUUUUUCAAAGCUCUUUGUCUUUAACUCACACCAAAAUUUGAGUGAAGAUCCCCUCUGUUGUAUUAUGCAGAUUUGUUUUUUCAAGCAUUUUGUAAAAUAAAUAGAUUUUAUAUGAAUGAAAA